CCAUGGAAGCGACAACCAGGAGCAAGUAGCCACAAAUUUAAAUAAACCAAAGUAUUAAGAGUAAAUACUAAUUAUCGCUAAUAACUGUGUAACUCCUUUCUUAGUUAAGAUACUAAAUUUUUUGGAAUUUUGACAUCCACGUGUCUCUUCCAAGUUCCAAAUCAGUAUCAUGUUGCCAAAUCAAUAUUACUAACAAACUUGCUAACUGGAAGAUAACAUUUGACUAAUUAUUAGCAAUUCAAUAAAUUUGGCUAAUAAAAUAGAAUUUGAGAAAUGUUUGGCUAAUAAUUAGUGUUCUAUUGUGUUGUAGACAAGACAAAAUGAACGUUCAAGAGAACAUAUGAAAACGUAAAAUUCAAUAAAUUCAUAUCAUCUAUGUACAUCGUGGCAAUACCAGCUUACAUGUAUAGCUUUUGAUUUUUCAAUUGCAUGAUCUACUAAAGUUCUAAGCUUUAGUUCAAGUAUAGAAAAAUGUGUUUUGAAGACAACUUUAUGAAAAAAACCAUUACUCAAUUCAACAAGAUUCUUGCUAAGCUAUCGAUGUUAUGUUCAGCAGAGCCAUUUCAUUCUUCUCUGUCUCUAAAGCUCAAGUUACAUAAACAUUCCUACUUUAUUAGUUUAGUAGUACUUGAGUUGUUAAUGUUCAUUUAUUGGUGAUUAGUCAGCAUUAUCGGUGAAAAAACUAUUCUCUUCAAUUAAAGCUACUUAAAAAAAAAAAGGGUAAAUUAGAGCUACCUUCAUAUAACCUAAAUUUGAUAUUCAUGAUUGAAUGUCACUCAAGGUGCAUUAUUAAAUGCAGGAAUGGAUUAUUUACCAAAAAAAGAAUGUAGUUGAAGUUCAUAUUAAGUUUAGUGAUUAACUUAUCAUAACAUCACAAAUGUCAUAACCGAAUUAAUAGUUUUGAAGAUUAUAAAUGAUGGCAAAAAAUAAUCUCCAACAACAUUUGUGAUUAGGAUGAGGUAAACAAACAUUUGUGAUUAGGAUGAGGUCAGCUGUUUUGCCGUGAAAAUGAUAUUUCAUAUAUGAUUGUGUUUUAUUUGUUGAAUUUGCUUCACAAAAAAUGCGAAAAAAUGCACCUUGAUAAUAGAGAUAGUGAAGUUGAUGAUGGAUAUUUUUUACUGUAAAAAGGUACUGAUAUUGGUCAUUUUGAAAUAUAUAUAUAAUAUUGUGUCAUUAAGUUUAUAAUGGGUUGAUAUACCCUUGCAUAAGUCAUAUCUUUUUAAUUCCAACAAGAAUGUGCAUAGAAAGCACCAAUGACAACAUUAAGUUUAUGAUGGAUGCUAAUUUUAUAUUUACUAAACAAUUUAAAUUUGAAGUUUUGUUAAUUAUUGUUAUCGUAUGGUAGCCGGCCAACGGGCCGAGCUACUAUCUAGUACUAGUAAUAAUAGUAAAACAACAAAUUUGGCCGAACAUAUUUUUGAACUCUUCUAAAAGAAAUAAAAGAAAAAUCAGAUAAAACUGUGCGCGCUAUGAAAAUGACCAAAUGAGGCAAGUUUAUUGCUGAUUAACAUUUCGUGUGGGGUAGCGUUCUGCAGGAGCCAGGAGCAAGUGAGCGAGCGAGAGAGAGAGAGAUUUGAAUUUUCCUAUAAAUUAGCUUCAAAGGGAACAGUCGAGAAGGAGGAGAAGUAAGAGAGAGGAAACAGCGAGCGAAAAUUUGAAAGACCAUCAGUAGCAGCUACCAAGCCAAGGAAAGGAAAGGAGAUGCGGAGCGCUAAGAAUGCCUCGCGGAAGAAGAUUUCUCUGGAGCGAUACAUGGAGUUCAUCCUCUCCCAUCCCCGAAUCGUUCUCCCUGUCCCUGAUCUCAACCAGAUCGUUAGCUUGCACGGUUUCAGGAAAGUAACAGAACAUCCCAAGAAAAAUCUCACCCAAGCAUUGAAGGAACUGGAUCUGAUGGACCUCUCCCGCUCCACCAUACACCACGGCUCUGGGAUAUUCCCGUCCGCGUCCAUCACUCUGGAAGAUUUAGUCGACGACCUCGACAAGUUGAACUGGCAAGAAUGCCGCGUCACCUCUGUCCAAACCUUCCACUCUUCCAAAGGAGGCAGCGCUUCAACAGGACCAGCCGACUCUCGUCCGCAAUCCGUUUCAAUUGUACCCGCCUCAACACUCAACUCCAAUGGCGACUUCCCUGCCCGUCUCUCCGCCACCGGAGUGGCAGAAUCCAAGAAACAAUCGGCCGUUGCUGCUAAGAGCUCCGGUUGCCUUGGUGCGGCGUCUAAGUCGCCUACUGCGUCUGAGAUCUCCAGACCAGCUGAAUCGGAGGUGCAAUCUGCUGCUGCUGCUACCCGCAAGAGGAAGAGUUUAGAUGAGAUGCUACGGCGUCUGCCUGCUCAUCAUCUGUCCACCGCACCCGCCGCUGAAUCCAAGAAGAAGCAAACAUCCGCUGCUCGCAAGAGGACGCUUUGAAACUAUUUCUAUCGUAGCAGUAUCCAAGUAGCAAGGGUCCUAUUACUAUGUUACUUUAUUAUUUCUUGUUUCUGUAUUUGAGUUGAUUUGACAGACCAGGGUCCUGCAAUUCGAGGCCCCAAAAACAUCUAUACUCCACCCUAAUUUGGUUGACUUUGAUUACCCUGUAUUUUUCUGGGUGGAUGGAUUGGAUUGCAUUGAACAAAGAUGGGAAAGUAUUAAGACAACAAACAGUUGUUGAAAAGAGACUUGGCACGAUUCGGAGGCAUCACAUGGUUAAGGGGGCAUCAUCGUCGUAAUCUACAAUGACGCUAUGAUACAGGUCUCAAAGGCUGCCCAGUAUACUUAAGAACAUAGUACUGUUACAAUUCCGGUACUUGAAAGUCUAAAAGGAUUCAUGCAUCUGAUGGUGUUCAGUGCAUACAUUUUAAGCAUCCCAGUUUCCAAUUAAGGUACCAACAGACGACAUUUCAAAUUCAUUCAACCAAAUGUAAUAGCAAAGUCAUCUGGAUUGCCCAAGCUCCAUUCCCUCAUGCUCCACUUGCAUACAAACGGGUCCAUUCUUUAGCUGCAAAACAGUUCAACAGUGGUAUGCACAGUGAGAAUGGAAGUCAAACGUUCGUCUUUACUUGCACAACAGCUAGAGAGCCAAAUUUAGUUUCGCUCAGUACAGCCUUCAUUAUCACACAUAUUAGCAGCUCCCGGCUAGGGGCAUUCCAGGUUCUUGCUCACAAUGUUAUCUUAGUAGGGCUGUUUCACUCGGUUUUUUCCUCAGUGAACUCGAAAUUGGAAAAGCGCUUCAGCAUAAAAGGACACUACCUGAAUGAAAAUAGAGAACUAAAAGCAAU